CAGAAGUUUAAGCCGGAAGCUGUCGUUGGCCGUCACAAAAACCUAAAAACACGAUAACAGUCGGGAGCAAGCAACGGAGCGAAACACGUCCUCUCCUGAAGUUUGUAACAUCCCUUAACUGACGCGAGACAUAAUGUCAGUCCUGUUGUCAGUGCUGGCCGGUGUGCUGGCUGUAUAUAUACUGCUUUAUUACACCGUGUUUAAAGGAGCCAGAUUUAAGAGCAGUAUCACGUUAAAGGGAAAAACAGCAAUUGUUACAGGGAGUAACACAGGCAUUGGCAAACCCACAGCCUUGGAUCUGGCCAAGAGAGGGGCCCGAGUGAUCCUCGCCUGCCGAAACAAACAGAGAGCUGAAGCUGCAGUUUAUGACAUAAGAAAGGAAAGUGGGAACUCAGAGGUACUGUACAUGCAUCUGGACCUGGCCAGUUUAAAGUCCGUGCGAGAUUUUGCUGAGACCUUUCUGAAGAGUGAACCGAGACUCGACUUGCUCAUUAACAACGCAGGUCUUAUCGCAUCAGGCAGAACUGAAGAUGGGUUUGGCAUGGCGUUCGGCGUCAACCACCUGGGCCACUUUUUGCUGACGCUGUUGCUGUUGGAUCGUCUAAAGCAGGCAGAGCACAGCCGCGUCGUCAACGUGUCCGCCCUGCUGCAUCGGCUGGGUUCUGUUGACUUCAACCUCCUCAACACGCACAAGGAUCUGGUCACAGGUCAGUCGUCCUGGGACACCCUCAGAGCCUACUGCCACAGCAAACUCUGCAAUGUGCUCUUUACUCGUGAGCUCGCAAACCGCUUGGAAGGGACCAGUGUCACCUGCUAUUGCCUGCAUCCAGGUGUCAUAGCCACUGAGAUUGGUCGGAAUAUGAAUAUGCUGCAGAAGCUGCUUUACCCGGUCAUGUCCAAGCUGUUUUUCCUGGACCCAGAGGCAGGUGCGCAGACCACGCUUUACUGUGCUUUGCAGGAGGGACUUGAGCCUUUGAGUGGACGGUACUUCUCUUCCUGCGCUCUGCAGAACGUUAGCGCUGACGGACGGGAUGAUGCCCUGGCCAGGAAGCUUUGGGAAGUGAGCGAGAGGCUGUGUGGCCUAUCCUAAGUGAGCUCACGCAGGUUUGUGGAACAAUAGAACUCCACACACAAAAACCCAAUAACGGUCACAGGUGUACACAGGUGGCUUGUUUUUGCAUUCAGUAUAUAUUGUUUUAAAAUAUGUUGUUGCUUUAAAUGAACGCAGUGUGUUUAAAUUAGGGGUUCACUGAUAUUUAAAGGAUUAGUUCACUUUAAAAUGAAAAUUACCCCAUGAUUUACUCACCCUUAAGCCAUCCUAGGUGUAUAUGACUUUCUUCUUUCAGACGAAUACAAUCGGAUGUUAUAUUAAUAAUCAU